ACGCUCAUGGGGAUGCACGGUGGCAGGCGGGGGCUAGGCUAAGCACGCCGCCGUCAAACACAACUUGUUGCUCUGCCUGGCAUUUGUAUUAUGAUCACCAGAGAUGUUUUAUUUUUAACUCUCAGCACCAAUGAGUCAGAAGAAAAUAACGUUUGCCAUGCGGUCAUUGUAUGGAGUCUAUCCCUACAAGUCCAGCAUGAUUGGCUUGGAGAACCUUGGCGAUCCGUCGGCUAACUGGGACAUCGUGGAGACCAUCGGCAAAGGCACGUAUGGAAAAGUCUACAAGGUGACCAACAAGAAGGAUGGGAGUCAGGCAGCGGUCAAAGUGCUGGACCCCAUCAACCAUCCGAGCCACACCAACAGAGGAACGAGAGGAAAACUUUUUUUAGUCUAUCAUGUGGGACAUGCCAUGGCUGACUUCAUGACUUCAGGCAGUAUUAAGGACGUGGAUGAGGAGAUUGAGGCGGAAUACAACAUCUUGAGGUCGCUGUCCAACCAUCCCAACGUGGUGAAGUUUUACGGCAUGUUUUACAAGUCGGAAAAAGUAUCAGGUGGACAACUCUGGCUGGUGCUGGAGCUGUGCAAUGGCGGUUCCGUCACAGAGCUCAUCAAAGGGCUGCUGAUGCGAGGCCAACGUCUCCAGGAGCCCGUUAUAGCGUACAUCCUGUACAGCGCCCUCCUGGGUCUCCAGCACUUGCACAACAACCGGAUUAUCCAUCGUGAUGUCAAAGGCAACAACAUCCUCCUGACGACUGAGGGAGGGGUCAAACUGGUUGACUUUGGGGUUUCAGCCCAGCUGACCAGCGCACGACUGCGAAGGAACACGUCCGUGGGCACCCCGUUUUGGAUGGCUCCUGAGGUCAUCGCGUGUGAGCAGCAGUAUGACUACUCCUAUGACGCCCGCUGUGAUGUGUGGUCUCUGGGCAUCACGGCCAUCGAGCUGGCUGAUGGAGACCCCCCACUGGCAGAGAUGCACCCUGUUAAAGCCCUCUUCAAGAUCCCACGAAAUCCAUCCCCUACGCUGAGACACCCGGACCAGUGGUGCCGAAGUUUCAGUCAUUUCAUCAGCCAGUGUCUAAUCAAGGAUUUCGAGGCACGUCCAUCCGUGACUCACCUUCUAGAGCAUCCCUUCAUCAAGCAGGCCCACGGCAAAGAUGUGGCGCUGCGACAGCAGUUGGCAGCGCUCAUCAAGGAACAGCAAGAACUGGGCUGUGCGGCCAAAACCAAGCACGAACGGAUCAAUACUCGUAAAACCCUCAUCAUAGAAGGCUGUCCUGAUGAUGAUCUGGUCAACCUGGAGUUCUUGGACGAGGAGAUCAUUAUCAGCCAUCUCCACAAGAGGUAUGACGAGCUGCAAGUGUACACGUACGUGGGGGACAUCCUCAUCGCGCUCAAUCCUUUCCAGAACCUCAGCAUCUACUCACCACAGUUUUCUAAGCUAUACCACGGCGUGAAGAGGGCCGACAACCCUCCGCACAUCUUUGCCACGGCGGAUGCAGCCUACCAAAGCAUGGUGACUUUCUGCAAAGAUCAGUGUAUCAUCAUCAGUGGAGAAAGUGGUGCUGGGAAAACUGAGAGCGCUCAUCUGAUUGUUCAACAUCUCACCUUCUUAGGAAAGGCAAACAACAGGACGUUGCGUGAGAAGAUUCUGCAGGUGAACCCUCUUGUGGAGGCCUUUGGGAACGCCUGCACGGCCAUCAACGACAACUCCAGCCGCUUUGGGAAGUACCUGGAGAUGAAGUUCACUCCCACCGGAGCGGUCAUUGGCGCCAAAAUGUCUGAGUACCUGCUGGAGAAGUCGAGGGUCAUCAAGCAGGCGACCGGAGAGAAGAACUUCCACAUCUUUUAUUACAUUUAUGCAGGACUUUACCACCAAGAUGAGCUGAGGACGUACAGAUUACCAGACAGGAUGGCUCCCAGGUACAUUGACAGUCCGUACUGCAAAGUCAUGCAAGACAUCAUCUCCAGCAAACUCUACAAGGAGCAGUUUGAGGUCAUCCAGGAAUGCUUCCGCAACAUUGGAUUUACUGAGGAGGAGGUCAGCUCGGUUUACAGGAUUCUGUCUGCCAUCUUGAACACGGGCAAUAUUGAGUUUGCCGCCAUCACGUCCCAACACCAGACUGAUAAGAGUGAGGUGCCGAAUUCCGAGGCCUUGGAGAACGCUGCUUCCCUCCUUUGCAUCGGGCCAGAGGAGCUCCAGGAGGCGCUGACCUCCCAGUGCGUGGUCACCAGGGGCGAGACCAUCAUCCGCACCAACACGGUGGACAAAGCGGUGGACGUGCGAGACGCCAUGUCCAAAGCGUUGUACGGCCGACUGUUCAGCUGGAUCGUCAACCGCAUCAACACGUUGCUGCAGCCCGACAUGAACAUCUGCGCCGCAGAGAGCGGCAUGAACGUGGGAAUCCUGGACAUCUUUGGCUUUGAAAACUUCAAGAAGAACUCCUUUGAACAAUUGUGCAUCAACAUCGCAAACGAGCAGAUCCAGUUUUACUUCAACCAGCACAUUUUUGCCCUGGAACAGAUGGAGUACCAGAGCGAGGGAGUGGAUGCCAGCCUGGUGGAGUACGAGGACAACAGGCCCAUCCUGGACAUGUUCCUGCAGAAACCCAUGGGUCUGCUCUCCCUGCUGGACGAGGAGAGCCGCUUCCCACAGGCCACCGACCACACGUUAGUGGACAAGUUUGAAGACAAUCUCCGCUGCAAAUACUUUUGGAUACCGAAACGGCUCGAGCUUUCAUUUGGGAUUCUGCACUUUGCAGGAAAGGUGAUGUACAGUGUGACUGGAUUUCUGGAGAAGAACCGAGACACUCUCCCUGCAGACAUCGUGGUCGUGCUGAGAACAUCCGAGAACAAACUUCUGCAGCAGCUCUUCUCCAGCCCUUUAACUAAAAUAGGUAACCUCGCUACGGCGCGAGCACGGGUGAGCGCUGCAUCUCGAUCUCUGCCUCCGCAACUCAACUCAGGACGCAGCAAGUCUCCCAAAUACCUCUUGAAGGUGGACACCAUGGAGAUGAUGCGUCACCCAGACGAAACCACCAACAUGAGGAGACAGACGGUGGCCUCCUAUUUCCGUUACUCACUGAUGGACUUGCUGUCUAAGAUGGUGGUGGGUCAUCCACACUUUGUACGCUGCAUCAAGCCCAACGACGACAGGAAAGCGCUGUGCUUCUGCAAGGACAGGGUGAUGGUGCAGCUGCGCUACACGGGCAUCCUGGAGACGGUCAGCAUCCGCCGCCAGGGCUACUCCCACCGCAUCCGCUUUGAAGAGUUUGUCAACAGGUACUACUACCUUGCAUUCCGGGCUCACCAGAUGCCAGAGACCAGCAAAGAGAAUGUUUCUGCCAUCCUGGAGCGAGCCAAACUGCAAGACUGGGUGCUGGGGAAGACAAAGGUGUUCCUGAGGUACUACCAUGUAGAGCAGCUGAACCUGCUGCUGCGGGAGGUCAUAGCUCGUGUGGUGGUGAUGCAAGCCUACACCAAAGGCUGGCUGCAAGCACGACGCUACCAAAAGCAGAAGGACAAGAGGAACCGCUGUGCUACUGUCAUCCAGUCAGCCUGGAAGGGCUACGUCGCUUGGCAGAACCUCAAGCAAAUGAAGAAGGAGCGAGAAGAGGCAGCUGUCCGUAUCCAGUCAGCUUACAGAGGCCAUCGGGUGCGUCGGGACUGUAGACCUCAGAGGCACAGAUGUAACCCCGAGGCUGGAGGAAGGACCACCAAGGAGGACCAUAUGGGGUCUAAGAGCCCGACGAGUGCGAAUAAGGCGAAUGUCGGGCCCGAGAGCAGAGACAGACACGUGAAAGACACCAAGAGAGACAAAGACGGUGUGACGAAGCCUCGCAGGGAGACAGCCAGGCAGUGUAAACAAGCGGGUCCAGUGAUGAAGCUCCAACAGAGGACUCCUCGCCGGCGGGGCCAGCAGCCCAAGAUGCUUAACAGCCCGGAAGACAGCCUGUACUACAACCAGCUCAACAGAACUCUGGAUUACCAGGGGAGCAAGAGGAAGCCCAGAAAACUUGGUCAAAUCAAAGUGCUGGACGGAGAGGAUGAGUACUACAAAUUACUGUCAAUGGCGGAGUCCAUCCCUGAAGAAGAGUACGAGAGUUCGACCCCCGCCCUCCCCUUCUAGCCAGCCGGAGAUGAGCCUUAACAUCACGUCAACCGAUCGCCUUCUUCACCAGCAGAGUCCAACUGAAACCAAAAAGAAGCAUCAACACUCUUCAUGUGUUGCACAUUUGUAUUUAUUUAUGGCAAACUGCUGUUUUAUAUGACUUGAAAUAAACAUGGUUCUCCUGA